AUGGAUGAAAGUUUAUUAAAAGAGAUCCACUAUUUAACGCGUUUAAUAGAACAUCAUAAGAAGAAAUCAUGCUGCGUGAAAGAAAAUCUUUUGAAUCCAAACUCAGGUCUUACAAAAUCGUACAAAUAUACAAAUUUAGUUCAAAAAUGUAAACCACUUUCUAAGACUUCCAGUGGUGCUCCAUGUAAUGAUGCAACAACUACUAAUGUAUACAUCAAUCCAAAUUUUAAACCACAAAAUUCUUUUAUACAUAUCAAUCCAACAUUACGAAAAAAAUCUUUGGUACACAUUAAUCCAAAAAUGAUGAAGAAUAUUAUUCAUAGUAAUGAAAGGGUAGGAAACAAUCCUAUAAAUAUAAUAAAUAGUAAAGAAAAUUCUUUACAAGAUCAAAACUCUAUAAAAAAAUCAGUGUAUGUAAAUCCAAAAUUAAUGAAAAAAUUAUCUUCCUCGAUACAACCUAAACCAAUGGAACAGAAAGAUACUGUAGUACAGAAUAUUAGUCAUCCAAUUUGUUCAAGAUUAAAAUUUAUUAAAAAUGCAAAUUCUUUAAAAAAUGUUAAUAGUCCAAAAAAGACUAAUAAUUCUAGUAUUGUACUUUUGUCUCGAAGAAAGCUUAUACGUGUAAGGCGUAAUUCAAGAAAAUCCUUAAAUACUUCUCAAAUAGAACUUCACAAAAUUAAAAAGUCACCAAAUUCAAUAAGGAAUGCUAAACCUCUGUCUCACAAAGUUGUAAAAACAAAAGCAAUAAAUGCUCUACAACAAUCGAUUAACAAAACUACAAGUACUGUAAAAUCACUAGUUACAAAACCUAAAAUAAACAAGUACAGAAUAGAUAGAACUAUACCACAAACAAUAAGUAUUAAAGAACAUUCAAGUGUGACUCGGAAGAAAGUCACAAAUAAAAAAAUGGAGUUAAUUACAAUUGGAGGAAUAGUUUACAAGUCUUCUAAAAAUCAGUUAGUACGUAAAAGCUAUGCAAUAAAAAAAAAGCGUAUAGCAAAUACAAAAAGUGACAAAUUCAUUGUGGCUAAAAAUGGUAAAAAAUUAUGUAGGAUAAAAUCUGUGAAAGAAACAUUAGGACACUCCAGAAUGAAAGUACUUAACACAACUACUGGAACAAAAUUAUCAUCUAACGUAUCACAGAAAGUUAACUACAAAACCAAUAUUAGCAAUAAAGUCAAACAGAGAAGUAUACAAAUACUACGUAACAAAAUGCAGAAGAACAAUCAGCCAUGUUUAAUAUUUCAACGAUUUGGAUAUUGUUCCAAUCAUGAUAAAGGAAUUUGCUUAAAACGUCAUGAUAAAAAACAAAUUUCCCUUUGUAAAAAGUUUCUACAAGGAAAUUGUUUACUGGAUAAGUGUCCACUAUCUCAUAAUGUAGGACCUGAAAAAAUGCCAACCUGCAAAUAUUUUUUAGAAGGUUGUUGUGUGAGAGAUGGUUGUCCUUAUCGCCAUGUUAAAGUUUCUUCCAACACUCCAAUUUGCAGAGAAUUUUUGCAAGGAUAUUGUGCUAAGGGUCAGGAGUGUAAACAACGUCAUGAAAAUUUAUGUCCUGAGUUUGAGAAGAUGGAAAAGUGCAGUAAAGGUAAGCAUUGCCCCUACCCUCACAAAUCACAAAUAUCUUUUACAAAACAAAACCAUUUAAAGAGGCAGUAUAAUGUGUCUAACGAUCAAGUAACACAUCAUAUGUCAAAAGAUGUGUCCUCUUGUAACAAUGAAAAUAGACUUAGGUACUAUGAGCAAAUGGACACGGAUGCCGAUAAAAAUUUUAAUAAAAAAAGAGAAAGUGUCAUGAAAAAAGUAAAACUUAUGAAAGCCGUAGUUCAAUCUGAUACAUUAAUAGAAAUAUCUAAUUAUACUAUAAAUUCAGCUUUAACCAAUGAUAGUGCUGAAUCAGAAGACUUUUCUGAUACAAAAGUGGUAAAACGGUCACCAAUUGGUAUUUUACCUGCUUAUAUACCAAUUGAUUAGG